AUGCCAGACGUUGAUAUCGGAGCUCCCGCCGCUGCCGCUGUCGUAGCCGCGCGCGUCCUGGGAAGUGGCUCCCCCGAGGGGAUUCCCCAACAGCGCAGCCGCUACAAAAGGCGCCUCAGCGGCGGCUCCGGCAUCAGUCGCUCGCAGCCCUCACCGCCCGCAGCGCCCUCCACACGCCGCUCGCCACACACUACCAUGAAGGCCGUCAUGUUGCUGUUGCCACUGCUGGCCCUCGCGUGCUUGGCGCACGCGCUGCCCGUGGAACCAGACGUGCUCUCUUCCGCGGACGACGUGCACGCGAACGGCGCGGCAGAGCCACACGUGGUGGAGGCGGACGCGGAUUCGGUCCUCGCGGUGGACACCCCGGCGUCUGACAAGUUGGUGCGCGAUCGCCGCUCCCCGUUCCAGCCGCGCCCUCAGCCUCAGGGGCAACGCCAGGGGCAGGGCCAGGGCCAAGGCCAGGGGCAGGAGGGGAGGGGCACGGUGUCGGGGGGCGUGCACCGGGAGCGCGGCGUGGGCACGGUGGUGCACGCGCAGGGUGAGGGCACCGUCUGGCGCAGCAGGGACGGCCGCACCAGCGUCGACGCGCACGGCCAGUACGAGCGCGUGGUGCGCGGCCCGGCCAGGGGCCGCCCCAACUACAACGUGGGCGUGCGCUUCCAGCACCGCUUCUGA